AUGGCUCCUUUCAGAACAUUCGAGGGCAAACUUGCCAUUGUGACAGGGGCAAGCAGAAGUUUUGGGGCCGUCUGCGCAGAACAUUUUGCUAGUCGUGGAGCUGACGUAGUUAUCGUGUACAUGACCGAUGAUUCAACACCAAGAGCGCAGUCCUUGGCAAAGUCUUUCGCGGAGAAAUACAGUAUCCGGGCGCUACCCGUGAAGGCUGAUCUCAGCAAGCCAGAUGCGCCUCAGCAUGUCGUCGACGUUGCGAAGGCGUAUUUCAGCGACGCAUCCGGCCGAUUCCAGAUAGACAUCAUCAUCAACAAUGCCGCGAUAGUCAACGCCCAAGGCAUCGACCAGUUGGAUCUGGAUCUGUUCGAUGCUACUUUCAAUCUCAAUUGUAAAGCGCCUGCUUUGCUUGUUAAGGCCGCAUUUCCCUAUCUGCCGACAGAUCGCUCCGGGCGCAUCGUCAACAUCUCCAGUGCUACGACGACCUGGGGAGUGUGGUGGCAGACGUCCUACGCGGGGACUAAAGGCGCCUUGGAGGCCAUGACUCGUGUCUGGGCCAGAGAGCUUGCUGAGCGUUGUACCGUAAAUGCGGUCGCACCUGGGCCCAUGGAUACAGGAUUGUAUUCAAGUCUUCCUGAUGAACCCCGCGAGGCAUUAAGGCCGCUCAACGUCCUAACACCGUUGGCCAAGGCAAGGCCUGGAGUUGAUAGCCCUGAGGUUCUGGAACUGGCUCAGAGCAUCGGUGGAAGGCCAGGAUACCUAGAGGAGGUGGCAGGCAUUGUCGGCAUAGCGUGUCUACCAGAGAGCGGCUGGAUGACUGGGAACGUUUUAGGAGCGAACGGUGGAGGCGCGUUCGUGCGAUAA